GAUUGUCCACAAUUGGUAUAGAGCUCGUGUCUAUUGUUUGACCAAUCCAUUGCUUCGCAUGCAGUCACGCGUUGAACAGGAGCAACCGUUUUUGUGUAUUACUUUGUUGUAGUCAGAAACGUGCCAUUUUAUUGUUUAUACCAAUUAUUUAUCAACCAAUUAUAUUUUAAAACUGUGAAUCUUUUUAGUUUUACAUUUCAAUUAUUAUAAGUCAGUGUUGGUUGAUUUCGCCUGAAAUUAUUAAACAUCCGCCACGAUUGUUAAACGUUACCAUUCACCUAACGUACAAAAGAUUUGACCAUCAUGAGCAACAGCAACUACUUCAACCAAUCCCUCAGGACAGUACCAGAUUUGGUAGCUAAUCUGGCAGCGGAGAAUGCAAAGCUUCAUUACUCUCGGCACAACGGUCCCGGGGGUGGAAAUGCCAAGUAUUACAAAAACUACCAGACCCCGUACGUUCCCCAGAUGCACGGCAACUUCAACCAGAGGCAGCGCUUCGCCCCCUAUCCAAAUCGGCACCCGCCACAAUGCGCCAAUCAGAGCAACCAUUUGAUUGCGCCUUCAGCUAAUGUCAAUUUCGGCAACAGCAACGGUGGAGGGGCCGCCAAUAAAUCUCUGAACUCGUCACUGAACAGCAGCGGUUCAGAUUCAGGCAAGAACACCACUUUCUACAGCACCAACAGCUCCGGAAGCUCAAGUAAUAUAAGCCAGUGCAGCAGUAGCAGUAGCGGAGCUGGAAGUGCUUACAAUUAUUCCUACAGUGGAGCCAUGCAGUCGACCGCGGACCAGAAGGAAAUGGUUGUUCUGCAGAUCAGCAAUCUGGACCCCUCGAUUGAAGAACACAAGAUGCACCAAUAUCUGCUGUGCCAGCUGAAAUCGAUUACGCCCGUUCUUUCGUUGACCAUUGAGAGCCCUUCGCUGGCGAAGGUUAAGGUUCCUUCAACACAGUUUGCCAAACUGGUCGUUGCAAAUCUGCAUCGCAAAAAGAUUGGCCACAAACGUAUGGUAGUGUCCUACAUAAAGGAUCCAUCGUCGGCCGAGUCCUCGGCACUGCGUUGCCAAGUUGCCGGUCUCCUGAAGGACGUCCCAUACUACAGUCUGCCGAUCAACAAGUUCCGCGAGCUGUUCCAGUCCCGGUUCAAGUCUUCGAUCAGUGUCCUAGAUCUCUACCGCAUGCCGGACGUAUGCACCAUCACCCUGGACAAGAACGAAGAGAAGUACAUCAGCCUUCAGCCGGAUGUGAUCAACUCGUUGCAGAACAAUCCGCUGGUCGAAUCGUCCCAGCACAGUGUUCCGUACUGUAUCUAUCACUUCAAGCAGGAGAAGGAGAAGGGCUGGGCCGAACAGGAGAUUGAACCUCUGCCGAACGUGAUGAUGAGUAUCAGUCAGCUGCAGUCGGUGAUCUAUUCAUUGCUGAAGACUCACAAGGAUGACAUUCCGGUGGCUAGCAUACUGUACUGUAUUGAAAACGAGCUGCAGAUCAAAGUUGUUCCGAACGAGAAUGGUGUCCCGUUGGAGCACCUUCUGUGUAGCAUUCGAGGAGUGCAGAUUACAAACAAUAAUUUUGGUAUCAAAGUGCUCACCUGGUUGGAUCAUGAGCUCAAUUCAACUAAGGAUAAUGAUGAUGCCUCCUCGGUCAACCUACGCUACAUGCCCAAAAGCCCCAACAACGACUUCCUGCAGCAGAUUUCCCGCGAAGUUGUCGAGCUGAUAAAGAUGUCACCGAAAUCGACGAUGAAGUUCACACGAUUCAUCCCGGCCUAUCACAAUCACUUUGGGAAACAAUGUCGCGUCGCCGAUUAUGGUUACACCCGGCUGAUAGAGCUAUUCGAGGCGCUUUCACCGGUCGUUCAAGUGAUGGGUGAUGGCGAGAAUCGACACAUCACGCUGACUCAUCGCACCCAGAUCCGUCGAUUUACUUGUGACUUGCUGAAAAUUUUACGCGGCCAGGCGAAUAAAUCCAUUCUGCUCUCACAGCUGCCAAUCAUCUUCUCGCAGGCCCAGAAUAGGAUCUUUGACGUAACGGAUUACGGCGUGUGUGAUAUUUUCGACAUCAUUGACGGGCUGGUGUACAACAAUUCGAUCGUCACAAAGGUGUACAACGAGACGGAUGUGUUGAUCUCUAUGGUCAAACGGAAGCAGUCUCCAAGCGAGGUGGAGAAAACAUGCAUUUUUGCGGGGGAGGUCGUGGAGCUGUUCAAGAAUGCCCCACAGUACUCGAUACUGUUCAAAAAGUUUGUCCGCUCGUAUCACUACCAUUUUGGGUAUCAGUGCCGCUUGAGUGACUAUGGUUUGAUGAAGCUGGCCGACCUGUUGGAAGCUAUUUCCGGAAUUGUUGAGAUGGAGCAAUCAAACGACGAGGACCGUAAAAUUUUCCUGAACCAUAGAGUGGCCAUUCGAAUUUUUGCUGAACAAGUGCAGGACAUCGUGAAGCACUUCACGGGCAAUAGCUCAUCCAUGAUUUUGAUGAGCGAAAUACUCAAUUUCCACAAAAAUAAGUACGGAUAUCAAAUUCAACCGUAUAGCCUUGGUUACAGUAAUAUGUUCGAUGCCAUCAAAGCGCUGCCCUACAUGGAAAUAUUUGAGUCAGGAAAUGAUUUUAUUGUGGUGUCCCGUUUGGAAGACCCUUCCUUUCGACUGCGGUCAUAUGCGGUUUGCCUUUGCCUUUUGGAAUCCAACAAGGAACGUUUGCCUAUUAGUGAUUUUCUACGCAGUUACCUGACCAAGUUCAAAGAAAAUUUAACUGAGAGGCAAAUGUACGACAUGAAACAUGCCAUAGCGAUCGAACAAGAUAAAGGAAACCAAACUGUGACGAUGACACCGCUGAUGAAAUUUAUUUUCCGCAUCAUACAGGUGCUCAAGCAAAAAACUCCGAUGAAUGUGUUCGACUUGAAGCAGGCUCUCAAUUUAUCAAUUUCGUCCUGUUUCGAGUUCGGCUACCCGAACAUUUCUUCGCUCAUCGGCGCUUUUCCGGAUAUUUUUAUCACCAGCAGCUAUUUCCAUGAGCGCGCAGACAUCGAGCUAAACCGUGACUGCAUUUUGAGCAAGGCUUGUUUCAAUACCGAGGAAAAUGCUACUCCUGCAGCCCUUUCGACGCCCACCAACAAUGCCAACACAAGUCCCGUGAAAGCAAAAGUGCUAGCUGACGAUAAUAAAUUUUCCCACGCGUCAAUGACAAAUGAUUUUAGAAAUUUGUUCUACAGUCGCCAAGAAGCCAUUGUUCAGCAUCAUUUAUUGCAACGCCAGCAGCAGCAACAACAACAGCAGCAACAGCAACAGCAACAAUAUCAGCAGCAGCUCCAAAAGCCACUCCAACCGCUACAGCAGUCCCAACAGAUAAACCAAUUGCCAGCCCCCUUCUAUCCGAAUAACCGUUUCAACAACCCAAUGUUGAAUAGCAACUAUGGACUGGCUGGUUUUACCUCGUCGGCUACGGCGGCCUUAUCGUCCUCAGCAACGACCAUGACCACCGAAAUGAUGGCCACUCAUAAUCAGAGCAUGAUUAUGAAAACCCAGAACAAGGAAAACCUUUACCAUGGCUACGGUGGGAUGGCGCUUCAGCAGCAGCAGAUUCAGCAGAUGCUACAACAGCGUCAACUGCAACAACAGCACCAGCUCCUAGCCUCACAAACCAAGUACCAAGCUUCGUUCGGGCUGAGCAUGGGUUCAUCUGUUGGAAAUGGAGCUGCUACGGUGACCGCAAAUCUUCCCACAGUUGGACAGAAUACGGAAUCGUCUUCGGGUGGCAGUAUACUGUCAUCGGCAAUCAGUACUACCAGUGCUGCCAGCAGUGCCUCGCAGGGCUCCACAAACAAAAUAUUCGAACGCAGACAACAGAAGACUACAUCAUUAGAUUUACAAUAUCUCAAUUGUAACAAUUUUGGAUACGGACUUUUGUCGGAGUUCUACGAGCCACCGAAGCCGGACACGCCACCUUCGAGGAACAUCCCAUAUUGGAUUGACCCGAUCUGGUCCAACGAACCGCUCAGCACCGAAAAAGAGCCAUCAGCAUCUUCGACCGAGCAGCUUCUCAACAUUCCGCUACCGGAGCUGAAGACGUACAACAAGCUGCCCAUCAUACUGACCCCGUAUGUCCUGUCGUCACUGUCAAAGAAUUCGUCCUUUUCCUUCGAUCUCGAUAAAUCUAAACAGAUUUAAACCCCCUUACGGAUGAAGGCCCUGAUGGAAGUGUGCGCUCACGAAAAGGAAAAAGGACCUGCUGGCGGCAGUCAGAGAAUAUCGAAUCCCCUCGAAAGAGAGAAAGAGAAAGAUUCUGCUUUCGCUUCUUUAUCACUUAAUUAUCGUUACAUUUUAUGACACGUUGAACGUUUCGUCACCCUUAACCGUGUAGUACUUACGAGUUGUCGUCAAUUUAUGAUUCGUUAGAUUGUAUAUCCUUCUCGAUUCCUAGGAUGAGUGUUUAUUAAAUAGUACCAUUGAUGUUAUAGAUAUAUAAGCGAUAUUUCAAUUGAAUCGGGGAAUUAUGGAAGCCCGGGCUUUUGAAAUUUAAGGUUUUUGAGAUUAUUUUUAUCGAACUUUUCUUAUGAUCAUUAUUAUAGAGUGGAGUAUGUGAACCCAGUUAGUUAGUUAGUUAAGGAAGCACAAAUGUUGAUUAUUCUAUGUAUGAAGAGCAAAAAAUGGACGUUUUAGUUAUUGAUGUUUGUGCAUGCUCGGCAAAAUUAUACAGAAUGAUUACGUUUUUUAGGCAGCGAGAAGACAAUUUAGUGUAUGUUUCUGUGUGGGAGUAUUGCCAGUAAAGGCUUCCAUUGUUGUGCCCAUUAGUUUAUUAUGAAUUGUAUACAUUUCAAAGAAUCGGAUUAUAUGUGCAUGCGAUUAUCCAA